GAAAAGUCAUUAACGAACUGUCAUAUGUCAUCAUUAAUUUUUGUCUGUCAUUCAUUUCAUUCCUCUUUCGUGUGUUAAAAAAUGGCGAGUCGUGUACAAAAUCGUCGUCCGGCGCAAGAUUCCGAUAAUACCAUCUCGUACGUCCAGUGCGAUGGCCUGGCUGCGAUGAAGAUGGUAAAGCACUGUCAUGAAGAAUCACUGAGUGGAAUGGACGUAGCUCAGGGUGCCCUGCUGGGAUUGGUGGUGGACGAUCGUUUAGAGAUCACCAACUGUUUCCCGUUUCCAAAAUCGUCGGAUGAGACAAUCGACGAGGAAGAGUACCAACUCAAUAUGAUGCGUCGUUUGCGGUUGGUUAAUGUGGAUCACUUCCAUGUUGGGUGGUACCAAAGCGCCGAUGUUGGCAACUUCCUGUCGUUGCCGUUGUUGGAAUCGCAGUAUCACUAUCAGACCAGCAUCGAGGAAUCCGUCGUGGUGAUUUACGAUACGCAAAAAUCGGCCCGCGGGUUUCUGACAUUGAAGGCCUAUCGGCUAACACCGCAGGCCAUUGCUAUGUACAAGGAGGAGAAAUUUACCCCGGAAGCACUGCGCAACCUGAAGGUUGGUUACGAGAAUCUGUUCAUCGAAAUUCCAAUUGUGAUCAAGAAUUCGGCUCUCUGUAACAUCAUGAUGUCGGAGAUGACGGAAAUGGUUCCCGAGGAGGAAGGAACGCACUUUUUGGACCUCGGAACUGCAUCCGUGCUGGAAAAUCACUUGCGCUGUCUGAUGGAUCGCGUUGAUGAGCUCAACCAGGAGGCGAACAAGUUCAACAAGUAUCAGCAAACUGUUAUUCGUCAGGAGCAGGACAAGCAUCGAAUGUUGGCCAAGCACGCGCAGGAGAACGCAGUCCGUUUAGCCAAGGGAGAAACCACUGUACCGGAGGAUGAGGUCCAGAAACUGUUCCGACCGCUGCCGGUUCCGUCGCGUUUGAACCCGAUGAUCGUUUCCGGUCAAAUCAAUACCUACGCUCAGCACAUUUCACAAUUCUGUUCGCAAUCGUUGGCUAAGCUGUACAUGACUCAAGCUCUGCAAGGCGCCAAGGAGAAUAAGCAGUAAAUUUGUAAGAGGAGAACGUUGCACGGAAGGGUGUUCACGCUGAACGUUUGUUGAUGUGCUGAAGAGUGUGAAAAAAAGGACAGUGAAUAUUUUCAUUUCGAAGCAAAAUAAGGAAAAGAAAGAAUUAAUAGCAGGAAAUUUCAAAAUAACAAUUAGAAAACAUUGUUGUUGGAUUGGUGAGGCAUAAUAUCUAAAAAUCACAAUUUAUCUUCCAACAGGAAAAA